UGGAGAAUUGCACCAGCAAGCGGACGCAUCGGAACCAGACUUUGACAAGCCCUUAAGAAACAAAGUGAGACUUCGUUUACUUUGUGAUUCUAAUUUAAUAUUAAUACGAAACGAUUGUUCAUCCUCUUUCAGCAAAGAUGAACGGAGCGGCCGUGUCCGUGUGCCUGUUUUUCCUCCUGUCUUGUUGCUCGGCGUGCUACAUCUCCAACUGCCCCAUUGGCGGGAAACGCUCCAUCAUGGACGCCCCGCUGCGCAAGUGCAUGUCGUGCGGCCCCGGGGACAGGGGCCGCUGCUUCGGCCCCAACAUCUGCUGCGGCGACGGCUUCGGUUGCCUGCUGGGCUCCCCGGAAACCGCUCACUGCCUGGAGGAGAGCUACCUGCUCACCCCAUGCCAGGCCGGGGGGAGGCCCUGCGGCUCUGAGGGCGGACGCUGCGCCGCUUCAGGACUCUGCUGUGAUGCAGAGAGCUGCACCGCAGACCAGUCAUGCCCCAUGGAUGACGAGGCGGACGAUCAAGUGGGCCAAUACGACGGCGGCGACCCCGGUGACAUCAUCGUGCGGCUCCUCCAUCUGGCCGCUCACGCCUCCCCUCAUCGACUCGGUCAGUGAGUUGACGCCGAGGGGCCUUUAGCAGAAAUUAUUAGCUCCUCAUUUGAGCCUCUUGUCUAUAUGUUUUAUAUGUAUGUAAACAGGGGAUGGAUACCGACAUUCAUCCGGUUAUCUUGCAUGUUGAAAUAAAGUUUUGAGGACGUCUAAAAAA